AUAAUAAAAUAAUGAUAGCAUAACAUGUUUGCUUGUAGAAAAAAAUGAAGACAAAAAGUUAUCUGGAACCUUUAGCUAAAAUUUUAAAACAUUAAGCAUGCUUGGUUUUAAAUUAAAUUUCAGGUAAAUUACUAAAGAAUGCCUGGGUUGAACGGCAAUGAGGAUAAAGUUCCUCAACCUCCUAAAAAUGCCAUAUCCCCAGCGCGCAUUUUAAGUACAAGUUUACCACAGAAUCGUCCUAUUCCACCAGGACUACAUCAAGAUGGCAGUCAAGGAAUUGGAGCAGAUUCCACUGCACCGCGAAUUCCUCAAGCAACAUUGACUGUACCAGGAAGUAAUGAUCCACUGCCACCACCACUCCCUCGUUCGCCUUUGAGGACUAUAAUAGGCCCUCCGAAUGGGCCCGCAGCUAUCGGUCGUCCAGCAGCACAAAGGCUAAUUAAUCCUGGUUUCUCGACCAUCACUGCAAAUGGAUCUCACGAUGCUAAUGGUAAUGCUUCAGAACCUACUACUGUAGUCCACGUGCAAAAUGGAACACCAGCGGCUAUAAGACCUGCAGGACCAAUCAGUUCCCAGCAAAUUACUGCAAGAAAUGUCCAGCCAGGUAUUUUGGCUGGUCCACAAUCCACGAGAGUUGGCAUUCAAGCAAUAAGUAUUACUAAUGGGCAAGAUGCAGCUGCAAAAACGAACGGCGGGGCGACUAACGGCCCCAGUAAUGGCCGGCGUCAAGUUCCAGGUAGUACACAAGAUAAAGUAUUUCAGAAAACUACAAAUGCUUUAAAAAGAGAAGAAACUAAGAACAAUAAUGGGAAUAACGCUGCAGCUAAAAAUGGUAAUGAAAAGAAUGGUGAUACCAAAAAUGGGAAAGAUAAAAAUGAAAACGCAAAGACUGGUGUUUCGAAUUCACCCACAAAGAGACUAACUAAAACUAAUGGCACAGAGAAAAGCGGCGGAAAUAUAUCUCCCACUCGUAAGGCGCCUCCAGUCAAGCCUCAGGAAUCUCCUUCUCCUACUCGUAAAAAACCAGUUCCAUCUAAACCUCAGGAAUCUCCUUCCCCAACUCGUAAAAAACCAUUUCUAUCAAAACCUCAGGAAUCGCCACCGCUUACCAGAAAAACAGAAAACAAAGUUUCAGAUCAAAACGGUUCCCCAGAUAAAACAAAUACCUCUAAGACUCCUAGGAAUUCACCUUCACCUCCUCGAAAGAAAACAGUUAAAUCUCCCUUGUCAUCUCCCAAGGCCACUCGUAGGACUUUAAUAAAUCAAACUUCACCAACAAAGCUUCUAAACAAACCUCCUACGGGUUUGAACUUAGCUCCAGGUAGACCUUUGCCAGCAACUACUGUUGUUACAAAUCAACCAACUUCCACAGCUAAAACUGAUUCCAAAGAUGCUGCAAAAGACGCUUCAAAGGAUGAGAAAGAUGAUAAGAAACCACCGGACGAAAAGACAGAGAAAGGAAAAGACAAAGGCAAGGCAUCCGAAGCGAGUCAAAUUUUUGAUAGGUUACUUGUUUUGUGUAAACGAGGAGACUGGUUGGCUGUUGAGACUUUAUUAAAUCAUCUUGAUGGACUUCAAGUACCUCCGGAUUUAGUUGAUGAAACUGGUUAUACUCCUUUGAUGUAUUCCGUAAAGGACAACAGGGUUUUUGUAGCAGAACGAUUCCUGGAUAUGGGGAUGGAUGUCAACAUCAAAGGAAAAGAUGGUCUGACGGCUCUCCAUCUUUCUGCACAACAAGUGCGAGAAGAUAUGGUUCGUCUUUUGCUCAACAGAAAAGCAGAUCCCUUAGUAACCGGUGGUCCUAAAGGUCAGCUUCCUAUCCAUGUUGUUUGUUCCCGUCCAACAGGGCAGGCAUUAACGCCUCUUCAACUCCUCCUCAAAGCUACAGGCAAAGAUGCCAGAUUAAUGAAAGAUAAGAAUGGUAACAUCCCUUUGAUGCUUGCUGUGGAAGUAGGUAGCCACGGUAUUUGCAGAGAAUUGUUGAUGGUUGAUGCCAAAGAACAACUAUCUAUUAGAAGGCCCGACAUUCGAGACACACCUCUCCACAUCGCAUCUAGGCGAAGAGAUAUAGAUCUCAUGAGACUUCUGAUAGAAAAAGGAUCAGCUGUUAAUUUACAAAAUAGCGAAGGCAUGACUCCUCUCCACAUAGCAGCCAUGGAAGGUGAUGAGGGCAUGCUAAAGGUGCUAAGUCAAGCAAAUGCUAGAGCUAAUAUUCUGGACAGAAAGGACCGGGCACCUCUUCAUAUAGCGGCUGAAAGAGGGCAUACAAACGCAGUCGAGAUUCUUCUAGAUAAAUUUAAGGCUUCCAUUUCACAGAGGACUAAAGACGGGAGUACGUUAAUGCAUAUCGCUUCAGCUGCCGGCUAUCCAGACAUUGCUAUGAUCUUCAUGAAAAGAGGAGUUCCUAUUCAUACCUCAAAUAAGUCUGGGGCCAAAUGUCUUCAUAUUGCAGCAGCCGCUGGCCAUGUGGAAGUAGUUAGAUCUUUAUUGAACAAAGGUGAAAGUGUGGACAUCAAAACAAACGAUGGACAAACGGCUCUUCACAUAGCUGUGCAAGCAUGCCAGCCAAGAGUAGUUGAAACCUUAUUGGGCUAUGGAGCGCAGAUACGCCUCAAAGCUGGAAAAUCGGGAGAGACUCCGCUGCACAUCGCUGCUAGGACAACAGGAGGCGAGAAAUGUGCAGAGCUUCUACUCAAGAGUGGAGCUGAAGUAAAUGCGACGCAAGAGGAUGGAGAAACUCCACUGCAUUUCGCUGCAAGACAUGGGCAUCUGAACACUGUCGCUCUGCUAUUGCAGGACAAAGCAGAUGUACAACAAAAAUCAAAGAGUGGGGAAACUCCUCUUCAUGUAGCUGCCCGGAACUGUCAUUAUGCUGUAGCGAGAAGCCUACUUGAUCAUUGGCGAAAGCUCCAUCCUGAAGAUUCGGGAGCAACCCUCGUUAACGCGCAGAAUGAGUUGGGAGAAACCGUUCUUCAUUAUGCCAGUCUCGUGUCCAAAAGCCAAGCACAUCAUCCCACAGAAGACAGAGACCUGGUAAAACUCCUUCUGCAGUAUGGCGGUGAAGUGAACGUACCAAAUAAAGAAUACCGUAUGACUUGUAUUCAUUACUGCAGCAAAGAGGGUAAUGCUGAUAUCUUACAUGAGAUUUUGAAUCAACUUGACCCAAAUAUGCUACAAGCAGCUUGCAAUCGAAUUGCAAUGAAUGGAUGGACUCCGUUACUCUACGCUUGCCAAACCGGUCAUCCUGAAGUUGUCAAAUUGCUACUACAGAAUUCUGCAAGAGUGGAUGUGUUUGAUGAAGGCGGCAAAGCAGCUCUACAUUUAGCAGCUGAGUUCGGUCAUGGGGAAGUAGUGGACAUUUUAUUGAAACAUAAAGCUUUUGCUAACGCCCGAUCUAAAAAAGGUAUGACACCACUCCAUCUAGCUGCUCGUAACGGAUACACAGAGAUAGUUCAAAAGUUGGUUUCGCAAUACGGUGCUACACUCGAUGCGUUGACUUUGACAAAACGAACACCACUUCAUUUGGCUGCAGAAAAUGGGAAAUUAGACGUUUGUCGAGUUUUGUUGGAAAUGCGGUCAGAUGCAAAUGCCAUUGACAACACGGGGCAAACUCCUUUGCUGCUGGCAGCUGAAAAUGACCAUCCAGAAGUGGUCAAACUCUUUCUCAGGCACAAACCCGAAUUAGUAUCCAUGGCCAAUGCAAACGGAUUUACUUGCGCUCAUAUUGCCGCUAUGAAAGGAAGCGUGGCUGUAAUUAAAGAACUGAUGAAAUUCAAUCGAUCUAUGGUUACUUCAGCUAGAAAUCUGACAGGUAAUACAGCUUUGCAUCUUGCAGCCUCUGGCGGACACGCAGAAGUUGUCAAAGUAUUAUUAGAAGCUGGAUCGUCUGCCACGGAAGAGAAUGCUGAUGGCUACACUGCUCUACAUCUUGCAGCAAAAGAUGGCCACGUUAAAGUUUUACAAACUCUGAAAUCCGCUGUUUCUUGGAGAGUAUGCAGUAAAAAGACCGGAAUGACAGCCCUUCAUGUCGCAGCUAGCUGUGGACAGACAGAAUUUGUUCAAGAAAUGUUGACCCAAAUACCUGCAACUAUUCCAAGUGAAAGACCUGGAGAUACAAGUCUGAGUGAUGACUAUGGAUUCACUCCUCUGCAUCUGGCUGCGGAAUCUGGUCACGAAGGUGUAGUGCGGGUCUUGUUGAACAGCUCUGGAGUUCAGACGGAUUGUGCAACGGUUGUGCAGGGCAUUUUACCUAUGCAUCUAGCUGCAAGGGGUGGUCACUUGGCUGUAGCUGGUCUUUUACUCAGUCGUUCUACGGAACAGUUACAAACUGCUGAUAAGCAAGGUAGAACGCCUUUACAUAUGGCAUCUGCACAAGGUCAUAAGGAGAUGGUGGGGCUAUUGCUUGGACAAGGGGCUGACAUCAACGUUGCUGAUAAUAAUGGAUGGACAGCGUUGCAUUACACCACACGUCAUGGUUUUCUUGAUGUCGUUCAGCUUCUUGUCAACAGCGGAGCGUCCCCCACAGCAGCUACAAGUGAUGGAAAAGUGCCUCUCUGUCUAGCUGCAGCUGCAGGUCAUUAUGAUGUAUUAAACUACCUCUUGAAGAAAGAACACGAUACACACACACUCAUGAAUGACAGCAGUUUCCUCAUAGACUUGAUGGUUUCCAGUAAGGCUCAUGCUAACAAACCUGUCUUGGAAUUCGUGUUAGUAUCAGCAGCGCCAAUAGAAACAGCAGCUAAAAUGGCUCGCAGCUAUCAGUUACUAUCUCUAAAAGAAAAGGAUCGUGCAAGGGACUUGGAAGUUAUGGCAGUCUUUUGUGAAGCUAUGGCUGCAGAUCUUUUAGGCAUCACGGCCAUAUCAUAUAAUACGGGAACAUUACUUAGAUCUGUGGAUUCACAGAAUCAGCCAUUUUUGGAUGUACUGAUAGAACUUCAACAGAAAGAAGUUGUUGCUCAUCCGGCAGUACAGAAAUAUCUCACAGACUUAUGGAUGGGCAGCUUACAAUGGGCGUCAUGGAAGAUGUCCCUCAUGUUUUUGUCGUUCCUAGUAUGCCCACUGAUAUGGAUUGCCUUCUCAUUACCCCUAGGACAUAGGUUCACAAGCAUACCCAUUAUCAAAUUCAUGUCAUACUUGGUGUCACAUAUCUUCUUCAUACUUUUACUUUCAUUUACCAUCGUCAACCCAUGGCUGCCACUGUGGAACUCUACUCACCUCAUACCAUACGUACAUGAAUGGUUGCUACUCAUCUGGUUGAUUGGACUUUGGGUAUCAGAUGCAACAAAUCCAAAGGACAGGGAGGGUUUAGGUUUUAUAAAAGUUAUCAUAAUGACUGUCGGUUCCAUGGGUAUAGCAACGCAUGUUUUAGCAUUUGUUUUUCCGGACGAACAUUCUGUACUAGUGUGUUUAUACGUACGCAAUCAGUUCCUCGCUGUAGCUCUUCUAUUGUGUUUUGUCGAAUUUUUAAAUUUUUUGACAUUUCAUCAUUUAUUUGGACCAUGGACAGUAAUCAUCAGAGAUCUCAUAAAAGACUUGAUGAGAUUUUUAGCUAUAUUAGGUAUCUUUUUAGUGGGCUUCUCUUUACAUCUUUGCGCCAUAUACCAACCAGUAUUCCUCCCUCAAGGCGCAGACAACCUUACGCUGGCCGUAUUUCAGUCUCCCAUCAACACCUUCGAAAUGCUGUUCUUCGCUCUGUUCGGCCUCGUGGAACCGGAUUUCAUGCCACCCAUGCAUCUAAGUCCUGCCUUCUCCAAAGCAAUAAUGAAGGUGGUGUUUGGAAUAUAUAUGAUGGUGACAGUUAUUGUUCUCAUCAAUCUUCUCAUCGCCAUGAUGUCCAACACUUACCAAAGGAUACAAGCCCAGUCGGACACCGAAUGGAAGUUCGGACGGGCCAAGCUUAUCCGAAAUAUGAAUAAAACAUCACCGUCACCUUCUCCCAUUUGCCUCUUCACACUUCUUGGACAGCUUUUCUGCCGAUGCCCGAAGAAAAUUACAGGGGUGAAACCUCAGUUACAUUUAAUGAAAUCUAAGAGAGAAGCAGCAAUUCAGAGAGGAGAUGUCCCAAGAAUCAUGCCAGCUGCAUGGCAGAGACGACGCACUAGAAGAUCACAACAAAUUAUGCCUGUCGUGCAAAGCCUGACUGCUGGACGACCAAUUGCAAAAGUUGUUGACUGGCCAACUAUUGUCCUUAAAUAUUUGGAAGUAACGGGUUCUGAUAUAAAAAUGGAAUUGCAAGAGGAAGCUCAUACUAAUGACUGAGAAAACACAGAUACUUAGAAUGAAUUUAGUCUGAUUAUGGUGCUUCCUAGAAAGAAAAAUUCCUGUUGAAUCUAGGCAUCCAGAGCAUUGACAGAUCAAAUUGUCAAAUAAACUGAUGAAAAUCUGAACUAAAGAAAUAUUUUUAGAAGUGUAGAUAAAAUUUGUGAUGAAUCAUAAUUAAUUCUUAUAUAAUGUAAAUAUAAUGAGCAGAAAUUUGUUCAAUGAAAAUUUUAUAAUAUAUUUUAGAAAAUAAAUAAUCUUUUUG